AGUGAAUGUUUUGGGCGGGUUAUCCUGGAAUGGGAGGGACUUGGGGGAACUUUUGGAAAUCAUCGACCUAAUCUGGCAGCAAUACUGACCUGACCAUGGAUCUGCUGUGUCUUUACGAGUGGAUCGAUAUCAAGACUAUUUUGAUAUUUUCCUGUGUUUUUUUAUUGCUGGCUGAUUAUAUCAAAAAUAAAGCGCCGAAAAACUUUCCUCCUGGACCAUGGUCUUUGCCGAUUAUUGGAGACCUUCAUCAUAUCGAUCACAACAAGAUUCAUCUUCAGGUGGCAAAGUUUGCAGAAAAAUAUGGAGACAUUUUAAGCAUUCGAUUUCUCGGACCAAGAAUUGUUAUGUUGAAUGGGUACAAAAGAGUGAAGGAGGUCUAUCUACAACAAGGCGACAACCUCGCUGAUCGACCCGUGUUGCCUAUGAUUUAUGACAUGGCCGAAGACAAAGGUUUAGUUGGUGCCAGUGGAUAUAAAUGGAAGCAUCAGAGAAGAUUUGCACUCUCAACUCUUCGAAACUUUGGACUGGGAAAGAAAAGCCUGGAGCCCUCUAUCCAUCUUGAAUGUUGCUUUCUGAAUGAGGCCAUUUCAAGUGAGAAUGGUCGACCCUUUAACCCUCAAAUCCUGCUGAACAACGCUGUCUCAAAUGUGAUCUGUGUGCUUGUGUUUGGUAAUCGAUUUGAGUACAGUGACAAUGACUUCCAGUCUCUGUUGAAGAACAUCAAUGAGGCUAUGUAUCUGGAUGGAAGCGUCUGGGCUCAACUGUAUAACAUGUUCCCAUGGCUCAUGCGGCAAAUGCCUGGACCGCACAAAAAAUCGUUUGCUCUGUGGCAGAAGGUGAUUGACUUUGUUCGAGAGAAGGUGAAUGCACACAGAGUGGAUUAUGAUCCAUCAAAUCCUCGAGACUACAUUGACUGCUUCCUUGCUGAGAUGGAAAAACUUAAAGACGACACAGCUGCUGGUUUUGAUGUGGAGAACUUGUGCAUCUGUGCUCUGGAUCUGUUUGUAGCAGGAACUGAGACCACCUCCACUACUCUGUACUGGGGUCUUCUCUACAUGAUAAAAUAUCCUGAGAUACAGGCCAAAGUUCAGGAGGAGAUUGAUGGUGUUGUGGGAGGGUCACGACAGCCAUCUUCAUCAGACAAAGACAACAUGCCCUACACCAAUGCUGUCAUUCAUGAGAUACAGAGGAUUGGAAAUAUUGCCCCAUUAAAUUUGCCCCGGGCUACUGUGGAAGAUACUCAGAUAGGAGAAUACUCUAUUCCAAAGGGCACAGCUGUGAUUGGCAGUUUGACAUCAGUGCUGUUUGAUGAGUCCGAGUGGGAGACGCCUCACUCUUUUAACCCGGGUCACUUCCUGGAUGCUGAGGGCAAAUUCAGAAAGAGAGAUGCCUUUUUACCUUUUUCUCUUGGAAAGAGGGUGUGUCCUGGGGAGCAACUGGCACGGAUGGAGCUGUUCCUCUUUUUCUCCUCCCUGCUGCAGCGCUUCACUUUCUCUUCACCAGCAGGUGUAGAGCCCAGCAUGGAUUACAAACUGGGUACCACUCGAUGUCCCCAACCGUAUAAAUUAUGUGCAGUGCUACGCUAAGACAAGCAAUUCACACAAAUAUGUGAUCAUCAAUUGUUUGUGUUUAUGAGACAUGUACAGAGAGAAUAUGUAUCCAUUUAUUUUUGAAAAGCUGUGGAAAUGGGUGAAUUGGCUCAGUGGGUAAAGAUCAGGGCUGGGAACCCAGAGGUUUUUGAUUCAAAUCCCUAGAAAUGGGGAAUUGUGAGCUACCAGCAUUGUGCCUUUAAAACCAGGUUACACCAGGGGGAUUAUUUGUUCACUAAAAUGUAAAUUAGAUAAAGUAUUUUUUUGAUAAAUUUGUGAUGCAAUGUAUAAUAUAUUUAUAUUUUACAAUGGACCUUAGUCAGGCUAGCGCCAUAUUUAAUUAUUGACAGGAAUGAAAACAAAGCUGUGAGAGAUAGAAGUACAUGCAUUCAGUGGAUUGUACAACAUACCGAUUGUUCAGCUGACGAAACGUCUUUACCAAAAAAAUAAAAAAAACGGUAGACAAAAACUCCAUGAAACAAUGUGUAGCAAUGUAAAGACUGGCAGUCUAUUCCUCACAGCCAAGUUUUCAUCCAUGUUAAAUUCAAUAUGGCGUCUAACCUGAUUAAAGUGUAUAAUUUGAUAUGAUACCUGAUCUGAUCUCAGUAGUGGGCUUCCAAUACGUAUUUGACUUAGUUAAAAUUAAGUUAUUUUAUGCUUAAAACAAGAACAAAUAUGUCAAUAGAACUUCCUUUGAAUUACGAUAAUUUUUCUAAGCCCAUUGGCAAAUAUCUCUUCUUGUUUCAAUCAUAAGCUCACAUCAUUUUGAUCAAUUCCACAAACAAACAAGACUUCUUAUUUUAUGUCAUUUUGCUUUUCAAGUUAAUAUAUCUUGAUUUAAGGCUCUUAAGACAUUUGCACUGGAAAACAAGGCAAAAAAAUGAGGACGAACAUCGAGAAGUACAGUAUUUUAAAGUACUUGUACUUUAUACAGUACUUUAUUUCCUUUUGUUUUUGUUUUUUUUUGUAAAAUGAAUUAGAACAUAAUGGAGAUAUGUUAGACAUUGUACUUUCAGACUUUAAAGUGUUGCUAAUAAACUAAUUUUUACAUUUAAGGACUAUAUUGAUGUAUU